GUUAACUCUUCACAGCUCUGUAAAGUCCGGAUCCCUGUUCUUAUAGAAGAAUAAAACCAAAGACGAACGAAAUCCGCACGUCCCGAUGAGCUCAGCGUCCCCAGAACCCGAAAAUCAAGUCGCUACGCGUGCUGAAGGCACCGUCGUAAAGAAGAAGGCCAAAAAGCUCAAGCCAGCGAGGAAACAGGUUAAACCUGGAGAUGUUGUGAAGACGGAGACUGUACAGACCGGAAAGGAAUACAAUAUCUGGUACAACAAAUGGGCAGGCGGUGACCGGGAAGACAGUUAUUCCAACAAAACGAAGUCCCAAACGCGGUGCAACAUCAAGAAAGACUCUGGCCUCACCCGCGCCAACACCACCGGCAACAAAUACAUCUGCCUCUUCUUCGCUCGAGGAUGCUGUCCCUACGGCUGGGAAUGCGAGUACAGGCACAUGUUACCCGACCCUGAAGACGCCGCUGCGAUGAACGCAGUGGAUAGCUCCAAAGACUGUUUCGCGAGAGACAAGUUUGCGGAUUACCGAGACGAUAUGGGUGGUGUUGGAAGUUUCAACAGGCAGAAUAGGACGUUGUAUGUGGGCAGGAUCAAGGAGACAGGGACGGGCGAUGAGACGGAGGAGGUGGUCAGGAGGCAUUUCAAGGAAUGGGGUCCCAUCGAACGAAUUCGAGUGCUUCAGUACAGAAGCGUCGCAUUCGUGACAUACGAACACGAGCUGCACGCCCAGUUCGCCAAAGAAGCCAUGGCCUGUCAGUCUCUCGAUAACGACGAGAUUCUCAACGUGCGCUGGGCAACGGAAGAUCCCAAUCCGACGCAAAAGAUUGCAGAGAAGCGGCGGUUGGAGGAGAUAGGUCAGGAGGCCAUCAAAGCGCGCAUGGAUCCCAGGGUAGUGGAUGCUAUGCGGGCGGUGAGGGCUCUGGAGGAGGGUGUCGAGCUGGAGGACGGUUACCUCAUGGAGGAAGACGAGCAGGAACCCGAUUCAAAGAGGAGACGAUUAUUGGAAGGCCAGGACGAUAACGCUUCCCCACCACCGCCACCCCAACAACAGCAGCAGCAAAUCGAAGCUCCACCUCAACCAACUGGCCUACUCAACGCUGAUACCCUGGAAAGUCUGAAGUACUUCGCUGAAAUCCGCAAGCGAAACGGAGCACCAGUGGCUGCAAAGGUGGGGAGACCUACCCCGGCAGUCACAAAACCCGGUUUAGGGCUUGCGGAUUAUGGAAGUGACGAAGAUGACGACUAG